CACCGCACGGAAAGCCCAAAACCUUGGUCCUCCCCUCUUGGUCCAGCCUCCGUCCCGCCUACGCCAACAAGCCAGGGGCGGGGCCUAUAUAAAGAGUGAGCUCCCGUUGCCCGGCACCGGAAGUCUAGCUGUCGAGUACCAUGGAGCCGGCUAAGAUGGCAUCUCCCAAGAGCGGGCCAAAGGAUGCUCUGGUGAUGGCACAAAUCCUGAAGGAUAUGGGAAUUACAGAUUAUGAGCCAAAAGUAAUCAAUCAGAUGCUGGAGUUUGCCUUCCGAUAUGUAACAACAAUUUUGGAUGAUGCAAAAAUUUAUUCAAGCCAUGCUAAGAAAGCCACUGUUGAUGCAGAUGAUGUGCGAUUGGCAAUCCAGUGUCGAUCUGAUCAGUCUUUUACUUCCCCUCCCCCAAGAGAUUUUCUAUUAGAUAUUGCAAGACAAAAAAAUCAAACCCCUUUACCAUUGAUUAAGCCAUAUUCAGGACUUAGACUCCCACCCGACAGAUACUGUUUAACAGCACCAAACUACAGACUUAAGCCUUUACCAAAAAAGGGGCCUGCUCCAGCUGGCAGGAUAAGUGUUCCCCGUCUGAGUGUUGGUGCUGUUAGCAGCAGACCAAGCACUCCUACUUUGGGUACCCCAUCUGCACAGACAGUUGCUGUUUCAACUAAAGUUGGGACCCCUGUGUCAGUGCCAGGUCAAAGGUUCACUGUGCAGAUACCACCUUCUCAGUCUGCUGUUGCCAAGCCAGCUGUUCCUGCAGCUCCUGCUGUUCAGAAUGUUCUGAUUAACCCUUCUCUGAUUGGGCCAAAAAACAUCCUCAUCACUACCAAUGUGGUAUCACAGAACACCCCUGUUGAGUCGCCAAAUGCAUUGAAAAGAAAACAUGAAGACGACGAUGAUUAUGACAAUUUGUAGACGAGGAGGAUCAUGACAGUUUGCAAAUGGCGUCGUCUGAUAAGCCUCGAUGCAUUUCUAAAGUAUAAAUAGAUUGGAACGUAAAUGUAAUCAUGUCAAAUUCUCCUAGAAAACAAACAAAUAAGUGUUUAAGUAAAAAGUAAUGUAGUUGUAAAACUUUUUCUGCUGUUAAGAUUGUUAAACUUUAGUAGGAUCAUGAAUGUUUUUCAUUAGAAGUUGCAUGCAAUCAAUAAAGGUAUAAUUCAUCAAUUUA